AUGGAGGUACUGUUGUGCAGACUCUUUGUUGUACUGUACCUCCUUCCAGUGAUUACACCAAGUUCAGAACAAUUCAGGGUAAAUGGCUUAAAGGGGCCAAUCCUGGCUCCAUUUGGUGGAGAAGUUGAACUCAGCUGCCAGUUGUCUCCACCGCAGAGUGCACAACACAUGGAGAUCCGCUGGUUCCGUAACCGCUACACACAACCUAUUUACCUGUACAAGGCGGGUAAAGAUCGGUAUGGAGAAAUGACCCCUAUGUAUGUGGAGCGAACAGAACUCCUGAAAGAUGCCAUUGGAGAAGGUAAAGUGACCCUCAAGAUCUUUAAUGUUGGUGUUGAUGACGAUGGGCAGUACCACUGCUUCUUCAGAGAUGGAGAUUUCUCUGAAGAGGACAUCACAGAAGUGAAGGUCACAGCUACAAGCUCAAACAUACAGAUUCUAGUGCUUCCUUCCAAUAUUGAUGAUCUUAGAGUGGAAUGUAAUUCAAGAGGUUGGUUCCCACAGCCUCAAAUGGAAUGGAGAGACAGCCAGGGAAAGGUCCUCCCACCUGCAUCAAAAUCUCACUCACAGGACACGGAUAAAUUGUUCAACAUGAAGAUGACCCUUUUUCUCAGCAAUACCCACCCUGGGGAUGUCACUUGCUACCUCAGAAACCCUCUAACUGGCCAAGAGGAAAAGAUAAACAUUGUUUUACCAGGUGAGAUCUGUGUGUUUGUUCUCCACAUGACAGCCAUUGUCACAUGA